GCCAAUUAGUGUUGCAUGACUCAACAGGAAGUGAAGAAGGUCGAGGAGACUAAAGCAGAGGAACCAAAGAAGGAAGAAGGGGAGAAGAAGCCUGAGGAAUCCAAGGAUGGGAAGGUAGUUGAGGAAGCUGCAGCCCCAGCAGCGCCCCCAGAGAUUGUGCUUAAGGUGUUCAUGCAUUGCGAGGGUUGUGCACGCAAGGUUCGUCGCUCCCUUAGAGGAUUCCCAGGGGUUGAGGAUGUGAUAACAGAUUGUAAGAGUCACAAGGUGGUGGUUAAAGGAGAGAAAGCUGAUCCUCUCAAGGUUAGGGAGAGAGUCCAGAGGAAGAGCCACAGACAAGUUGAGCUUCUCUCUCCCAUUCCAGUUCCAGAACCAGAGGCGCCAAAAGAAGACAAGAAACCCGAAGAGCAAGAGGAUCCUAAGCCCGAGGAGAAGAAAAAAGAGCCUGAGGUCAUCAGAGUAGUUCUGCAAGCUCACAUGCAUUGUGAAGCAUGUGCGCAGGAAAUCAAGAGACGCAUUGAGAGAAUGAAGGGAGUUGAGUCAGCAGAACCGGAUCUGAAGAACUCGCAAGUGAGCGUGAAGGGGGUGUUUGAAGUUGCAAACUUAGUGGACUACGUUUACAAGAGGACCGGGAAGCAAGUAGUGGUAGUGAAGCAAGAAACUGUAGAGAAUAAAGAAGAAUCCAAUAAAGAUGGUGGCAAAGAAGAGAAGAAGGGUGAGGAAGGUGAUGGCGACAAAGACAAGAAGGAAGGCAGUCAAGUAGAAGAGAACAAAGAGAAGAAAGGAGAAGAAGCAGCAGCAGCAGCAGCUGAAGGAGGGACAGAAGAGAGCAACAAGGUGGUUGAACUGAAGAAGAAUGAAUAUUACUACAUGCCACCAAGGUAUGGCUAUGGUGGUGGCAACAUGGAAUACUAUGCAGCUUAUCCUGGUCCAGGUUACCCUCCUCAGAUCUUCAGUGAUGAGAACCCCAAUGCAUGUACUGUGAUGUAAAAAUGGAGGAUUCUCAAGGGUAAUAUUGGAAUUUGGGAGAAUUGUUAUAUUUGGCUCAAUAUUUGGCAUUAUCAUGCCUUACAUGUGCCCUAUGUACUUUCCCCUUCUACAUAAAAAAGUAUAAGUAAUCUACACAUAAGCGGUAGAAUUUUGUAACGCUUGUACUAUUCUUUUUCUUUUUUUUUUUUAUUUAUUUAAAUCUGAUUGUUAUAUACUGGAACAUAAAUAAUAUCUUCUUUUCCCAAGGUA